CCAUAGCACACCUGACUUCAGUGUUUUCGUCGUGUCAAAACAUUAGUUCCUGUCAAUCCCUCAAAUUUCUACGUCUUAAGUGAAUAUAUAAACAUUUUCAUAAUGUUCUGAACGUCUUCAGAGCAUCUAAUAAUCUCGUUCUUAUAUUCAUUUACCUCAAUUAGGACACAAUGGGAGAACGCAAAGGACAGAAUUUAUACUAUCCCCCCGAUUAUGACCCCAAAGCCGGUGGUCUCAACAAGUUCCUGGGGACUCAUGCACUCCGGGAACGAGCCCGCAAGCUCCACAUGGGUAUCCUCAUCAUUAGAUUUGAAAUGCCAUUCAAUAUCUGGUGCGAGGGCUGUGGAAAUCAUAUUGGUAUGGGGGUGCGUUACAACGCGGAAAAGAAAAAAGUUGGAAUGUAUUACAGCACUCCCUUGUACUCAUUUCGAAUGAAAUGUCACUUGUGUGAUAAUCAUUUCGAGAUUAAAACAGAUCCAGGGAAUCUAACAUACGUGAUUGAGAGCGGAGCUCGUCGUCAGGAAAAUCGUUGGGAUCCGAAAGAAAAUGAGCAAGUGGUCCCCGAAACGAAAGAAGUAUCGAAAAGACUUUACGACGAUGCAAUGUUCAAAUUAGAACACGGAGUGGACGAUCUAAAAAUUGCUAAAACACAGGAUCCCGCUAUAAACAAAAUCCUAGCUAAAAAUGAGUCUCGGUGGCAGGACGACUACUCCGCGAAUGCAGCACUUCGUACCGCCUUUAGAAAUCGAAAGAAAGAGGACAAGGAGAGGAGGAAACAGCUUCCUCUAUUGAAAAGUGUUGGAGUUGAAUUGGAUCUGGUGGAUGAGCACGAGGAUGACGUUAAACUGGCGGGAAUUCUCAUGCGGAACAAGAAGAGGGACCCCAGGAGGAGCAAGAGCUCCUCCCUCAAGCGAUUAGUAUCGAUUGUUUCGAAAUCUAAAACUAAACGAAGAGGAAUUCUAGGCAUAUCGAGUAAACCACAAAUUAUCGAGCAGAAAAAAAUAUUGAAUGACUCUGGGAACUCGAGUUCCUCGAGCAAAAGUACUUCACUCGUGUCUUACGAUUUCUCUAGUUCUGAUGGUGAUUAAUUUUUUUUUGAGAUGGUCUCGAGGGGUCGAAAAUUGUCAAAUCCCUUGAAUCAAAGCAACUGCAGAUAGUUAGCUCUAUUAACCAACUAGGAAUAAAGAAUGUACAUGUAAAAUA